UCUCGCCGGUGAAACAACUUUGACCUUGUGGUUUUCAGCCGCCUGCGCCGACCGACCGGACGAUUUCCCGAGAAUUUCACUAUGUCUGGAGAGUCGCCGACCAGCAAGAAGGCAAAAAUGUCGAGCUCCCUGGCCCAACUGAAGGAAUUGACCACCGUGGUGGCCGACAGCGGCGAUUUUGAAGUGAUGGAAAAGUACAAGCCAACUGAUGCCACCACAAAUCCAUCGCUCAUUCUCUUGGCUGCAAAAAUGCCUCAGUACAAGCACCUCAUCGAGAAAGCAGUCGAGCAUGGAAAGUCUGCUGGAGACACCAAGAAGGAACAGUUGGAUGAGGCCAUGGACAAAUUGUUGGUCCUUUUCGGAACCGAGAUUCUCAAAAUCGUUCCUGGGCGCGUUUCUACUGAAGUUGAUGCAAAGCUCUCCUUUGACAAAGAUGGCAGCGUUGCCAAGGCCCUCAAACUCAUCAAGAUGUACAAAGAGCAUGGAAUUGAUAAGGAAAGAAUCCUCAUCAAGCUUGCCUCUACCUGGGAAGGCAUCCAAGCGGCCAAAGAGCUUGAGGAGAAGCAUGGCAUUCACUGCAACUUGACCUUGCUCUUCUCUUUCUGCCAAGCUGUGGCCUGCGCUGAAGCCGGAGUCACACUCAUCUCGCCUUUUGUCGGCCGAAUUCUCGAUUGGUUUGUAGCAAACACUAACCAGAAAAGCUACAAGCCUGACGAAGACCCUGGAGUUGUUUCCGUCACUCGCAUUUACAACUAUUAUAAGAAGUUUGGCUACAAAACUGUUGUCAUGGGAGCUUCAUUCAGAAAUAUUGGCGAAGUGAAAGCUCUUGCUGGUUGUGAUCUGCUGACCAUCAGCCCCAAAUUGCUGGAAGAACUUGACAGUAGCCACGACGCAGUCCCCCAAAAGCUGUCUGAUGCCAAAGCCAAAGAGUCUGAUGUUGAGAAGAUUGAGCUGAAUGAGAAAACGUUCCGCUGGAUGCUGAAUGAGGACCAGAUGGCCACUGACAAAUUAUCCGAUGGCAUCAGGAAGUUUUCUGAAGAUGCGAGAAAGCUGGAGACCAUGAUUUCAGAGAUGCUGGUGUAGAUUUCUGCACAACCAUUUUUUUCUUCCAACAUUCCUGCAUAGAAUAAUAUUGUUUGCGGCGCAAUUCGUUAAUGGGGAAAUCAGGGUUCUAUAUUAUUUAUUUGGUAAUCUAAAUCUCAUUCAAAUUAUCUAUGACGACUUGAUGUCAUUGUCUGGUUCCUAUCAAAUUAAUUACUAUUCCUCCUGUUUUUCACUCGCUUGAAGUUAAAUUUUCAAUAUUUUUAUCACAUAAUAAUGGUGUGAAAUAUAUAAAUAAAAUUUUUGAUGCAUUUUGAACAA